AUGAAUCGCUUGGAUGCAAUUGAGCCACAAUGGCCAACGGGGUCAUCAUUGUGCGAGGGUACCACGAGUGAUAAUGAGAAUCAUAGUCGGGUAAUUGUGUUCAACGCACAAAGAGGGAAAUCAUGGAAUCCUCUCAAGCUUGUUGCGAUUGGUUCCAUCUCUAUAGCGCUCUGGGUUGCGAUAAGAGCAAGAGACCUAGUGCAGCCUCAAGAUAUCGAUCCAUUGAACUUUGCGGCUCGAACGACCAGGGUAUUAUCGGAAAUACCUCUCAUAGAUGGACAUAACGAUCUUCCAUUCCUUGUCCGACUGCAGCUCAACAAUCAGAUUUAUGGAGACAACCUUCCAUUUGAUCAGGGACUUGCAUCUCAUACAGAUCUUAAGCGGAUGAAGCAGGGCAAAGUGGGUGGGCAGUUUUGGUCGGUCUUUGUAGAGUGUCCCCGAAUACUUCAUCUUGACGAUCCAAAUCAUAGUGUUCGUGAUACCCUUGAGCAGAUUGAUGUGGCAAAGCGCUUGAUAGCGGAAUAUAGCGAGCUGCAGUAUUGCGACACAGCAGCAUGUGCUCGACAAGCCUUCAAAUCAAAGAGAAUAUCUUCCAUGCUCGGUGCUGAAGGACUCCAUCAGAUCGGUUCAUCCCUUGCCGUGAUCCGGCAAAUGUACGAGCUCGGGGUGCGCUAUAUCACUCUAACCCACAACUGUGACAAUGCAUUCGCUACUGCGGCCAGCACAGUAACGGAAACAGGCAAGGAUAAUGGACUGAGUGACUUUGGACGUGCCGCGAUACGCGAAAUGAAUCGCCUAGGGAUGAUGAUAGACCUCUCCCACACGUCUCACCGAACAAUGCGAGAUGCUAUAGCUGCGACUCGGGCACCAGUGAUAUUUUCCCAUUCGGCGUGUUAUGCGCUCGCAAAGCGUCUGAGAAAUACCCCCGAUGACGUCCUUCGGAUGCUCCGCCAAAAUGGUGGCCUAAUCAUGAUCUUUUUUGCGAACAAGUUCAUUCGACCUGACAACCCGGACAAGGCCAGUUUGGAAGACGUGGUCGAUCACAUAUUCCAUGCUGCCUCCAUCGCCGGCUGGGACCAUGUUGGAAUUGGCAGCGAUUUUGAUGGGACACCUGCUGUUGCCAGUGGGAUCGAGGAUGUCUCGGCAUACCCGAGACUCAUUGAAGCUGUCAUGCGACGCGGUGCAACCGACGAGCAGGUGCGAAAACUAGUGGGAUUAAAUAUUCUGCGCGUUUGGGGGCAAAAUGAGAUUGUGUCGGCUCAAAUACAGAAAAACAAAAACAUCGACUCAGCUGAUAAGGGGAACGCCCCCGCUUCUCGUCCGCCGCCCCCAUCUUCCAGUCUUCCACGUGUGCGUGUGGUGAAUAUGUCUGGUCGUUCAAAGAGUACGCGGGCACAGCGGCCACCGAGAGUCGCAUCCUGUGAACCCUGUCGACUCUCUAAACUAGCCUGCGAUCAUCGCCAACCUUGCGCUCGGUGUGUCGGGCGAGAUAUCCCCCAUGAGUGCGUCUACAGGAAGAAUGCGUUCAAGCGGAGUCGACCCUCCUUUACACCCCAAUCUCCGGGAAUGCAACAUCAGCUGGCUUUUAAUUCUACAUCCAUCCUAGAAGCCAUCCAGCCAACUCUGCCACCAAAUACACACCCUAAUACGGGGUAUCAAGGCUCUUCUUCUCUAGACUCACUGUUAGGCAAUGUACGCGAGCAAACCAUGUUGUUUGGGGAUCUGGAAGCUGCCUCGACCUUGCUUCCGGUCGGGCGGGAUGAUGAGGGGCCAGCUUACUCUACUCGUUUCAUGAACAACGCUUCGACCGUCGAGGGCGCACAGCUGCUAGAAACACUGACCAGCUCCAAGAUAAAUAACACCGUUAUGCACUUUUUCUCGGACUGGAAGGGGAACGGGCUCGAGUCGCAUGUCGGCGCGAUCCUCAUUCAGCCAUUCGCCGAUGCAGUCAUUGAGGAAAUUGUCACCCUACAGCAUUCUAAAAAUUUCCGAUCCGAUUUAUUAGCUUUGUCACAGCGUUUGUUUGAAAAUAGCAGCCGCCCUGUGGAAAUACAUCGUUUGAUGACGCUGCAAGGCCUCAUCGACCAGUAUACGGGUCCGAAUCUCCGCUGGGAGACAAUGGGAGCAAUCCUUACACUUGUUGGUAUUGCCGCAACUGAGUUUCGUGCACCAUAUGCUCUGUACCGGACAGAACCAGAACGGCAGACCUUAAGAAUGAACCUCAUUCAAUUUGGAAAUAAAUGCGCAAUCUUUUGCGAGGCAUUGGAGGUUCUCAAUGACGUUCAUAUUCUCUUUCUGUAUCAGACGUUCCAGGUGCAGUCUGUUUUUUAUGGUGAUCAAAGUCUUAAAACGUGGCGCCGGCUCAACGACGCAGCCUGUGCUCUACUUGCCGCUGGACUCCACGAGAGCAUCCAAGAAGCGCGCGAUGUUCCCUUCUUUCUGGUUGAACUAAGAAAACGUAUUUUUUCCCGCUUAUACAGUAUCGAUAUCAGCCUAGCAACAUUUCUCGGGCGACCACCGCGCAUGAGCAAGAAAUUUUGCUGUAUCAACUUGCCCCUUGAUAUUGACGAGAAGUGUUAUUCCCUGUCGGAGACUGCUCUCAGUAGAGAGCUGGAAGAUAUUGAUCACGCCGGCUGGAAUUCGCAGGGUCACAUCCGACCGAGUGCUGUUAUGCGAUGGUCAACGAUUACAGCAAUGAUUCGAGAAGAGACGUUGGAAUUGCUUCUGGGCAGGAAUAUAUAUGAUAUGCAACGGCGAAUAAUUGACUUGCACCAUGAACUCAACAAGGCAUGGGAGAACCUACCGUCCUUUCUGAGGGUGCCAUCUCACGAACUCUGGGAUAUCCAAAGACCGCGCAUGGAAAUGGAGUGCUUACAUAUGACUCGGAUUUUAUAUCUACAGUCUUCAUUUUUGAUCGAAUGGGCAGCAUGGCGGCAUGGACUCGAACACUCAAGUUUAUUUCGCUCCGCAAUGGAACUAAUUUCCUCGGUUAAUGAUGCCUUGGUCCGACGGGAACAGCUACCGAACCUUGGCUUUAUAUCUCUAGCCUGGAGAGUGGCAUCCUGCGCUCUCCCUGCCGCCGGGGCCCUUGCACUAUAUCUUCUACAGCCAUCAUCUCGAUGUCGGUUCAAGGAAUUAGACCCGCCGUCUCGACGACGGGUAAUCGAGAAUCUGUCUGUUCUGAUUGUACACAUGGAUAUUUUGCAUAGCCCCAGUGACGGUAAUUUCAAAUUGUUUUCCCAGGCCAAGCGCUCUCUCCAGUCUGUUGUGGAUAUGCUAUUACAACCGGUAAAUCCACUUGGAAUGGAAACAUCACCUACACAGCUCAAUGCCGAGAUGCCCACCGCUGACUGGAUGGUGCCUGACUAUUGUGCAUUCGAUGGUGAUUUCUGGGCGAAUUUCCCCGAUUGCCUCUAUACAGAGGAGAAUAGCGAUACUGCACUUCCUAUUCUACACUCACUGUCGAUGAAUAUGGAACUCUCUUUGGACGAGAAAGAGGGCGGUUUCAUGCCAGAAUCGCCUCGGGAGUUGACUUCGCCUGGAGAGUUGACUUCAACAACCCUCAUCAAACCACAGGCUCGCGACGCUUACGAUCCAAAUAUCACAUUCGAGGAGUACCAUUACUAUUCGAAGAAGACAAGAGAAGAGGAAGAGCUUUUGGAGCCUCCGGUGCUCAAUAUCCGACAGCUUCUCUCAGGCAAAAAGACCGAAGAAGGGCCAAUUACAACACUGACAGAGAAAGACUUUUCAACUCGCGAGCGGAGACUUGCAAUCACAGACGAGGAAUGGACAAAUGCAAGCCGUUCGCUUAGGUCUGCCUCAUGGGGUGCCUGUUUCUAUUUGAUCACAACGGAUAUUCUCGGCCCGUAUGGCGCGGGCUUUGCAAUGGGCACGUUGGGUUGGGGACCAGGCAUUGCCUUCUACACCGUUUUCGGAUUCAUGGCCGGAUACUCUGGAUAUCUCCUUUGGCGUGUCUUCCUCGGCGUGGACAGCUACGAGUUCCCGGCCAAGAACUAUGGUGAUCUCGGAUUCCGGACGCUUGGUCGGUACGGUCGCCAUCUUACAAAUGUCUCUCAGGCGAUCUCGCUACUCUUGCUUGUGGGCCAAGUCACGAUCGGAUUUGGCGAAAACAUCUCUCAAGUAUCACAGUUCCGACUCUGCUAUGUUGUCUGUCCCGUCAUCUUUGCUUGUGUCGGCUUCUUUGUUUCUCAGAUCAGGACUCUCAAAGCGUAUGGCUGGAUUGCAAAUCUCGCAGUGUGGAUGAAUUUGUUUGUCAUCUUCAUGACUAUGGGUGUGAUGUCGAUGUCUCCACCGAACUACAAAAUUUCCACGCUCGGGUCAGCUGGCAGUGCGGUUGACAGAGCAACGAUCACACCGGAUAGUGAGGGUAACUACCCGCCGAUCAUGCAUUACAACAAUAUCCCCACGGAUGGACUCAUUGGGUCGGUGAAUGGCAUGCUUUCCGGUGUGCUGGCAUAUGCAGGUGCACAGCUGUUUGUCGAAUUCAUGGCCGAAAUGCGGCGGCCUCGAGACUUCCUCAAAGCUAUGUGGGGAGCCCAGUUUUUCAUCUACAGCGUCUAUCUCACUCACGGAUGCGUCGUCUAUCAUCUCCAAGGACAGUACAGCUUCAGUCCGAGUUACCAGGGUAUCAGCGUCUACUCGUGGCAAACCGUCGGCAACAUGGUUUCUUUGCUCUCUGCUCUGAUCUGCGCAGGCCUCUACGGAAAUAUUGGAGUCAAGAUCGUCUACAAUAACGUCUUGAUGGAUAUUUUCGGUAUGCCUCCUCUGAAUACCCGGGUUGGCAAAAUUGUCUAUGCUUCUCUCGUCCCAAUUUGGUGGACGAUCGCCUUUAUCAUUGCCGCAGCCGUUCCAGAUUACUUUGGCUUCGUCAGCAUCAUUUCCGCUUCCAUGCUUUUGAACUUGACAUUUACCAUACCUCCCUUGUUUGCCCUUGCAUUUGACAUCCAGAAGAAUGCUAUUCGACCGGAGAUUGGUGAAGGAUUCAACCCGACAACCGGAGAGGUGAUCCGGACCGAAUCAACAACGGCAAGAUGGGUCCGCGGUUUCUUUUCUGGCGGCACCUUCCAAGUCGCCACCAACGUUUGGCAUAUUGUGUUCUGCUUAGCAUCACUCUCGAUGUGUGGACUGGGCAUGUGGGCGGCUAUUGUUGGAAUGGUUGAUGCCUUCCAGCUCCCGCAGCUUAACUCGUUCUCUUGUGUCUCGCCGCUCAACCUGAAUGCUUAA